AGAAGAGGGAAUAUUGAGUGUACGGUGGUAGCAACACACACAAGGCAAGCAAACUCAAAACGAUACGUGGAUUCUCAUCGAAUUGUUAGUUGGGUGAAAGGCCAUGACACACAUGUGCAAACAAGCUGAAAACGCAUAGGAAUAAGAGGAGUCAUUUUCACCGGACCAUGGGAAACUGAAAUAAGAUUUUAAAAUAAAUAUUAUUCGCUGACUAGUAAGUAAUUGAUCAAGAAUCUGCCAGUUACCUGCCCGCGCGUUAGCUAUCAGGUCGCUAGUAAGGUAUUGCUAGCCAGCCGCAUUGCCUAUUUGGCUGUGUGGUAGUUAUAGGUUUGGAUACAGUAAUAUCAGGUCAAUUCGACGGACUUUCCAUUCGAGCUACCGGGCGGUACUCAACCAUGCCAUGUUUUCUUGGAGGUGUAUCAAGUUGGCUGGCUAGUUAGCUAGCUAGCCUGCCACACUGAGUCUGACUGGAACAGUUGGAACGACAGUUAACAGACAGUAUGUGGUAUUACUAUUCCAUAUAGUUAGCUAUGUAUUGUCCCCCCCCGAUUUUUUGUUUUACUCUCUAAAUAACUAACGUUAGGUAGUUACUUUGAAAUAUAUUUGUCUCGAUCGGGCUCUGUUUUUGGCCCAAUUACACUUUGCACGUCGGGGUUUCCCUCAACAUAUAUUUAUAAACGCAUUACUUUUAACUUCAAAUCUAGCUACUACUGUUAGUAGUUUUUCGACUUGGAAAAUGGAUUCGGGUAUUGAAAAGGAAUGUAGCGCUCUGGGAGGGCUCUUCCAGAUCAUCAUGAACGACAUGAAGGCUAGUUAUCCAGCCUGGGAGGACUUUGUAACCAAAGGAGUGAAGCUGCAAUCCCAGCUAAGGACAACUAUCGUCGUCACAGGCUCUUUCCUGGAAGCCUUUCAGAAGGUGGCAGAUAUGGCAACUGGAACAAGAGGGGCGACAAAAGAGAUUGGCUCGGCCUUGACGAGAAUGUGCAUGAGGCACAGAAGCAUCGAGUCAAAACUGAAGCUCUUCACCACGGCACUAACAGAUACCCUGAUCAAUCCCCUGGAGCUGAAGAUUGAGGAGUGGAAGAAGGUGGCCAGUCAGUUGGACAAGGACCAUGCCAAAGAAUACAAGAAGGCCCGAGCAGACAUCAAGAAAAAAUCCUCAGACACAAUCAAGCUACAGAAGAAAGUUAAGAAAGGGAAGGAUGAGGUGCGCGGGCAGUUGGACAGCGCCCUGCAGGAUGUGAACGUACGGUAUGCUGUGCUGGAGGAGACUGAGAAGAGGGCCGCGUGCCGUGCGCUCAUCGAGGAGAGGGGCCGCUACUGCUCCUUUGUCAGCAUGCUCAAACCCGUGCUGGAUCAUGAGAUCAGCAUGCUCGGAGAGGUGACCCACCUGCAGACCAUCCUGGAAGACCUGAGCACCCUGACGGCCGAGCCCAGCAAACUACCCCCGGCCAGUGAACAGGUGAUCCUGGAUCUGAAGGGAUCAGACUACAGCUACAGUUACCAGACACCCCCUGCCUCCCCCAGCAACACACUGUCCCGCACGAGCAGCAUCAGCGGUAACUACAACUCUGUGAGGCACGUCCCCUCUCUGGACUCCAUCACCUCCUCUUUGGAUGGCAUUCACCUCCGCCCACCCUCCAUGGAAUCAGCACAGGAGGUGAGCGGGUCGUGGUCGGGACAUACCGGGUCGGGCACAGAGAACGGCACGGCCAUGCCUCCUCCUCACAACUCCUACACACAGCACGGAGAGAGGGCCCGCGCCUUGUCCACAUCCGGAAAGCCCCAGAGUGCCCGGGAGCAGCUGGCCCUGGCCCUCGGCGGAGGGCUCAACUCGGAGGCCCCCCGCACCAGCCACGACUCCCUCCACUGCUCCAGCGGCUACAGCACGCAGACCACCACGCCCUCCUGCUCCGAAGACACCAUCCCCUCCCACGACUACGACUACAUCUGCCUGCACCGGGGCGAGGAGGAGCACCACGGCCCACCUGACUUUGACAAGUCCUCCACCAUCCCGCGCAACAGCGACCUCAGCCUGCAGUACCGCAAGAUGUUCCAGAGCAAGCGACCCGCCUCCACAGUCAGCUUGCUGGCCGAACCCGAGCUGCUCGGCCUGUGCCAAUCGCACACUGCCACCAUCCGCCGCAAGCCCUCCUCCAAGCCUGCCUACCGCCGCGGCACCAUCAGCGGCGGCGUGCCUAUCCCCAUCUGCACCCCCCAAGUGCCCCUCAAAGCCCUGGGCGUAGAAGGAGGGGGAGGGGGGAACAGCGUGAGCAAUGAGAACAUGGGACCACCAGAGGGCGGGAUGGGCAUGAGCUGGAAGGUGGACCACGGGCUGGUCCACACCAAGCACAGCCUGUGCACAUCGACCCAGAGCCUGAGCGCCAUGCCCUUGCACCAUUCUUCGUCCACAUCACCGUACUACUCGCUGAUCCCGGGCCAGGCGCCAGUUCCCAUGGGUAGCUCGGAGCAGCUGUACCAGCUGAGCAAGCAGCAGCAGUACGCCCUGCACCAGCAGCAGCAAAAGCAGUACCAGCAGCAGCACCUGCAGUAUCAACAGCAGCCCCAGACACAUCAGGUGCAACCAACAGCCCAGACACAACAGCAGCAGCAAACGUUUCAAUUACAGCAACGUUUCCAGCAACAACAGCUACAGCAGCAACAACAGCUACAGCAGCAACAACAACUGUACCAACAGCAGCUCCAGCAGCAGCAGCAACAGAAGCUCCAACAUCAAAAGCAGCUUCAGCAAGAGCAGCUCAUACAACAACAGCAGCAACCGAUUCAGCAGCAGUCUCAUCUCCAACAACAGUACAAUACUUCUGGCACUGCCAACCAGCUGGUGGAGAGCGGGCACUGCCUGCCCCCCCAGCAGCCCCCUGCCGCCCAGGAGCAGGAUGCGGAGGAGCCCUCGGAGAUCGGAGGUCACAUGGUCGCUAUGAUCCGGGGAGUGAAACUGCGUCGGACCCUGACCAACGACCGAUCUGCCCCCUUCAUCCCCCCGCCCAGCCAUUUCAAAUGAGUCCCUCCCUACCAGUGUAGGUUGUCAUCGUUUUGUUUUUCGGUUCUUGCUUGUCUUUUAGUUUUUCUUGCUUUUUUUUUGGUGGGGGUGGAUGUUGCCUUUUUGGACAUUUCGUCUGGUGUAAAAGGCUUCCAUCUCUCUAAUCAAAUGUCCAGCAGCACUGUGUUUUAAAAUGAUUAUUAUAAUCUUCCUCAGAUGGACUCGUAGGUGAAUAUGCCCUCUUUAUCACUCUGUAAUUAAGAUGUUUAUACAUACGAGGUUGCGUGUUGGCUAUAUAAAAGCAUUUGAGGUCAUGGAUCAGGGGUAUUCAAACUCUUACACUACGAUGUCCGGAACCUGCUGGUUUUCUGUUGUACCUGAUAAUGAAUUACACCCAUGUGGUGUCCCAGCUCUAAAUCAGUUCAUUAGAGGGGAACAAAUCAAAAAAGCAGUGGAACUGGAUUCAAGGACACAGGACUAGACCUAUAUAGCUUUCUCGUCUGUAUCUCGUUCAAGAUGAUCAAGUGAGCUCAAUCACUCUCGUGUACUGUUAGGUCCACAGUGAAAUGCUUUGAGCUGGCUUUUCUAUUUAUUCAGUUGACUUUUUUUUCUCUUAACACACACACACACACACACUUCACCUUCUGUGUGGCGGAGGCAAUGGGCCCCUCGUGAUGGAGUUUGACUGUUUAAGCCAAUCAGAGGCUUGCACUGCAGGGCAGAGAGAGGUCACGGGUUCAACAAAGGGCUUUGUGGGGCUUUUGAUAGCAGGGGUCAGGACUUGAUGUAAGAUCGUUGGGCUGGAAAGUAAAGCCACCAUUGUGUGGGAUGAGGAGGACUGCAACUCAAGUUUACGAAGGUGUCAUUGUUUUUGUAAACUCAAGUGUAUCUUGAGAUAUACUUCACAUUGCAAAGCACAUUGAUUUAGUGAUGUAGGUGGUGUAGUUUCUGAUGGCCCGGUUCCCCGUAAGUGUAGCAUCUCUGAUAGGUAGACUUGAUUAAGGGAGGAUAUCUGAGGUUGGAGAUCUGGUUUAUAAAAAAAAAUUUAAAAUAGCAUUAUUUUAAGGUAAUCGGUCUCUUUUAUGAGGAACAUAUGGUGCUAUUGUGACAUACCAAUCCCAGCCUAGAUGAACUCCCCUGACUCCUCUUCCCCCUGACACAUGAUGCACUCACUGGCCAAAUUAAGAUUUUAAUUUUAAUACAUUUUUAUAAUGAUAUGAAAACCGAUGUUGCGGACCAAUCAAGCUGUCGAAACUACUUACAGACCAUAGAAGUCAUGUGAGGAGACUAGCUGUUUGUGGAGUGACAACAGUUUGUCCUGCUGUGGGUUAGUGGUUUUGGGCUGUUCCUAGAAUGUGAGCCCCACCCAACUGUUAAUCACAGCGUGGGGGAGGAGGUUGUGAAAUCAUUUGAUUAAAGGCACUUAAGUGAUGUGGCAUUGCAUUUAGAAUUUGUUUACCAUUGUGUUCUUCUUAACCAAACUACUUUAAAUGUGUGGGGGUGCCUUCUAAUGCCUUCUAGCCUUUACACAUAGAUACUCUUCCCUCAAAAAUCCUGAGUGAGGGGGAGGUAUAAUACAAUACCGACUCCUCCGCUAAGUGCAUAUCCCUCUCCCCCAACAUUAAAGGAGACUAGCACCCGGCUGGGUUAUUCUUUUCUCUGUCUCACAUUCCCCCCAUCCCUCCUUUUUCUUUCUUCUUUUGAACCUCCCAGUUUGUGUAGGAGGCACAAUUACCUGACACCAGUUGCUGCCUCACACCUGUCGCCGGGUGCAUGGAAUGACCCCAUUGGCCGGUUUAGCGAUUGUGCGCCCUCCCAUCUUGCCUCUGGCCUCUUCAUGUUGCCCGGGAGAAAGGCCUGUUUCCCAGAGGAACUACAAUGGCCUCUGUAGUAGAGGCCUUUGUGACAGGAUUAUACAACAACGCACCUCCUGACUCAAGCAGCUUUAAAGCAAUAUCGGGCUGCAUUUGAUCCACAGCUUUAAGUUUAAGUUCUAGACUGUGAAUGGUAAUUAGAGUGCGCAUAUCUCCCUAACGCCAAAUUAUGAAGCGGCAAUGCCCUAGCAGAAUGAGCAGGGGUCGUGGAUAGUCAAAUUAUGGGGCAGCUGAGCUGGGACAUUCUCUCUCUCUGUUGGGUUAAUUGUAUGUUAUCUGAUAAGAUUUGUGUUUUUCUGAGAAGUCUCAGUUUGAGUGAAGGAAAUCCAAAUUUAGUUGUAUAGACUAAGGAGAUGAAAUGAUAAGAAGUUUUAUAUGAAUGUAAAAUGUUAUUUUUGAAUUAUCCUUUUCAGGCCCAGCCAGCCUACACUUUCCCACCUCAAAGACUGCUACAGUCCCACUCCCACCCCACUAAUCAGCUUAACUGAAGAGCCAAACCCUGUUCUAAAAGCCAUGUUCCAGUUAUUGACCUUGGCCCAUGGGUUCUGGUCGAAAGUAGUGCAGUAUAUAGGGAAUAGGGUGCCAUUUGGGACCCGGGCUCUCUAGUCUGUUACCAAUGCCACUCACCGGCAGUGUGUGAGAAGCAGAGACUUUGACAAUACAUUUAGAAAAUAUCAAAUGGACUUUUCCUGACGAUUUUGACCCCAAAGCUGCCCCAUAGAGCUCCAACUGACCAGCCCUCCUCCUGUUGAUCCAGUUCUGUAAAUAGUUUCUCUUGUUGUAAAAGCGUUCAAUUGCUAUGUGUCACAAAUGCACCUGUGUAGUGAAGCUGAAGCCUUAACUGAAAAGGAAUGUGGGUUUUAAAAUAUAAAUGCGUUCAAAAAGUUA